GAGUGUAUUUACAGCAUGAGCCAUCUGCUCUGUGUUUACUGCAGUGGGAUUAGUUGGAAUAGUUGUUUGGAAUAAGUUGUAGGAACGUUGUGAGGACGUUGCGGCUGAUGUCUGCUGUGCAGCAGUCGUGGCGUGUCUCUGACUCUGGAUCUGCUGACAAACUCCAGUCUCACUUCCUUUUCUUUUACGGGACAGGUCUCCCCCUGGUGCAUGCAGGCAGGCAGGCGAGGACAGAUCAUGCGCCCUCACCAUCUCAAAGUGCUGAGGAUCACUUUGCUGUGAGCUGUGUUGGAUGAUCAGGAUGGAGGUUUUGUGCAGAGCUGCAGCUACCUGCGUCCUAACGUUGUGUCUGGGCUGUUUACACGUGAUCGCCUUUAAAUCACAACUUUUCACCAGGCUCGGGGGGUCACCGCCCUCCACUGAACCCCCCAUCAGCUAUGAAACAUUUUAUUUUGACCAGAAGAUUGAUCAUUUUGGCUUCCUAGAGGAUGGCACCUUCAAGCAGAGAUACCUCGUGGCUGACAAACACUGGCACAAGCCCGGAGGACCUAUUUUGUUCUAUACUGGCAAUGAAGGCGACAUUACCUGGUUCUGCAACAACACUGGCUUCAUGUGGGAAAUUGCGGAGGAGUUGGGCGCCAUGCUGGUUUUUGCAGAACAUCGUUACUAUGGAGAGUCGCUGCCAUUUGGACCGGACUCUUACAGUGACAGCAAACACCUGAACUACCUGACCUCAGAGCAGGCCCUGGCAGAUUUUGCAGUGCUGAUUCAGGACAUGAAGAGCACUUUACCCGGAGCGCAGCACAGCCCUGUCAUCGCUAUCGGGGGCUCCUAUGGAGGGAUGCUGUCCGCCUGGUUCAGGAUGAAGUACCCCAAUAUAGUUGUCGGAGCUCUGGCAGCCUCCGCACCAAUAUGGCAGUUUCCUGGUAUGGUGCCAUGCGGAGACUUCUACAAAAUAGUAACGCAGGACUUUGCCAAAAGUGGUUACAACUGUGAUACGAACAUCAGAAAGUCGUGGAAGGCUAUCGAAAACGUAUCUUCCACGGCGUCCGGUCUUCGGUGGCUGUCGGAUGAAUUCAGCUUAUGCUCCCCUCUUAAGAACAUGAUCGAAGUCACCGGCUUCAAGAACUGGCUCCAGGAGACGUGGGUGAAUUUGGCGAUGGUGGACUACCCGUACGAGGCUAACUUCCUUCAGCCUCUUCCUCCCUGGCCGAUCCAGGCGGUGUGCAAGCAUCUUGCUCUCGAUUCCACUGUGUCUGACCACCAGCUGCUGCACGGUGUAGCUCAAGCAGCAAAGGUCUACUACAACUACACCGGAAGCUCCUCCUGUCUCAACACAUCUCAGACCGCAACCGGCAGCCUGGGAUUCCUUGGCUGGUAUUACCAGGCCUGCACGGAGAUGGUGAUGCCCAUGUGCACAGAUGGCGUCCAGGACAUGUUUGAACCCGAGGAGUGGAACUUCCAGGCCUUCUCUGAUGGAUGCAACUUCAUGUUUGGUGUCAGGCCACGGGCCGACUGGGCAGGCACGGUCUACGGGGGGAAGGACAUCGCCUCUCACAGCAACAUCAUCUUUAGUAACGGAGGGCUCGACCCGUGGUCAGCUGGCGGAGUGACUUACAACAUAUCAAGUUCUCUGGUUUCCAUUGUGAUUCCCGACGGAGCUCAUCACUUGGACCUCCGCUACAGCAAUGCCCAUGACCCGGCUUCAGUCCGUGCAGCCCGAGAGCUAGAGGUGAAGUAUUUUCGAGCUUGGAUCAAGCAGGCGGCUCGAGCUGCAUCAGCCUAGAAACCAAAAUGUUACAGGACAGAGACAUUCAGGACUGCAGAGCUUUAACUUGUGUGACGAGGUGCGCUCUCUGUCGUUAUACCAAAGUUUGUUUUAAUCAUCGUAUUUUUUUUAACAUUAGAUUUUCUUUAAUUUAAAAAUUCCAACAUUGCUUUUAAUAGUUUCUUUAAUAACUUAAUUAGACACACUGCAUUUCUUCAAACUAUGAAUUUCCAAGGGCUUGGACACAGAAAUGUAUUAAACAUCUUUCUUUGCUCAUGUCAUCAUCAAAAUCAUCCUCAUUUAGUUUUUCUUGCCAUGUAAAGUUUGCCAAAAACUCCAUGAAGGCCUCUCUGUCAGUGUCACAGUCUUUAGAUAUGUUUCUGUAUGUUUUGUUUUAUAAUUACAAUUUGGCACCUCUUGAAUUUUUUUAGGGUUGUUUGUCUUUCUUGUUGAUUAAGCCAUUGUUUUCAAUCAGGUGUGCAUCCUGCAAAAUGCUUUUUAACACUUAAAUAAGUCUCAGGAGAAAAGUUUGCAUCAAAUAUAAGGAACCUCCAAACAAAAAGAGCAAUAUUAAACUCGAUUGGUUCUUGUUCACAGAAUAACGGUGCCUUCCUCGCUCUUUAGGUUUUCUAUUCCUGUCUUAUACCGCCUACACGUCUUCCAGUGAAACUGAUUAAAAAGCUACAAACGA